UUUAUUUGCUAAAAGUUUUCCAUUAUUAAAGGUUAUUAAAUUUUAACGCACAAAAAGUAAAAUCUACAGGAACUUAAACAUUAAAUUGAAAUAGGAAUCGUAAAUUUAUUCAGUUGUAUUGAAAAAUAUGGAAGUAGUUGAUGCUCGUUAUUCUGCAUUGACAAAUUUCGAAGUUUUGGAAAUUUUAAGAAAUAUGAAAGAUAUAAAGAAAAAGCCGGGGUUGAGAAAUUUGGCAACGAUAACUUAUGAGACUCUGCAGUUUUUGGAAGAAUCUCCCUGUAAAAAUCAAACAAAAGAAGGCAUACAAGCUUUUCUUUCUAAAAUUAAACAAUUUAAAUUUACAAGAAAUGAGUGUUUAAUGUUGAUUAAUGAUCCACCAAUAAGUCCUUUACACAUUCAAUUGCUUAUUGAGGAUAGUGAAGAACGUUUGACAGAAGAGCAAGUAAGCAAAGUAUUGGAAAUAGUAGCAAAUCACUUAAUACCAAAUGAAUAAAAUAAAAACAUCAUCCUUAACAUCUCCUUGAAUAACGAUUCCAUCUUUUCCUGUAACCGAGGAACCACAAGCAAAUUUUGUACCAAAAAAUUUUGCUGCCAUUUACAAAUCAAUUCUUAAACGGACAAAAAUUUACAAUUUGAUAUAUGGGUUAGUUUUGAUAAUGAACAUAUUACCAAAUGUAUUUAAUCCUGUUACAACUGUUACAGAUUUUUUCUUUGCUCUAGGAGCACGACACAAACAUAUUUUUUUUUAACCUUCAUCUUUUUUCUUUGUCUUCAUCAUGCCUUUCCCGCCCCACUUUUGCCUUUUUUUGUCUUCUUCACCACCGGCACCGUCGGCACCAUCAUCUAUUUUAACCUUUUCGAAAUGGCUUGGAAGAAUUUUUCUAACCAUUACUUACAUUUUUCGUAGUCUGGAUAAUAUUUACAAUACUAAGAAAAAAAAAUGCAAUGUUAUUGAAUUUAUUUUUAUUAAAUGUUAAAAAAAUAUAUUACUUCGAUUGGCAUUGAACAGUUACCGCAGUAUUGCACUAUUAGUGGAUAAACUACGCCUUUCCUUGGUCCUAUUUUCAAACGCAUAUCGAUCUGUCAUUUUACGAAAUUUUGUUUUAAAACUACCUAAGUUCUGUUCUGUAAUCUGUUUUGGUUGGAAAAACUAAAUGUUUUCUGUUUGCAUGUAUAGUAAAAUUUCCAAAGUUGCAAUUAACUUAUUUUAAAAUGUAGUAAAAUGUAAAUAUCUAAUGUUAUGUAAAUGUUAACAAUAACAUAACUUUUCAAAAAAAUUAAAUAAUUUUUGAAGAAAAAAGAACAUGUUCGCGAGAUAAAGAUAUAUUAUUUAUAUGUAAGUAAGAUAUUUAAGUAAAAAUUGAAAUCUGUCUUGUAAAGGAAGCUUGCAAAUAUUAUUAUAAAAAAAGGAAACUAGUAUUAGAUAUGGGGAUUAUACUAAUUUUAACAAGAAAAAAACAAUUGAAAUUUCUUUUACUGCUUUAUUUUAUUUGGAAUUAUGGUAAAUAAACUUGUUGCAAGUUAUGCUUCAUGAAAUGAUAUCGCCAGAAUAUUUAGUACUCGUAUUACCUAAAAUUAAAAUAAGUUAAUCUUAACACAUGGCUUUAAAUAAAACAACAAAUUAGACGCAUGAUUAUGUAGAGUACGGAAAAUUGAAGUGAAUAAGACAAAGAAAUGUCUGCAUGCAAAAUCUCCUAAAUUGUUGUUUUGCUAAAAAUAAAGUAGAGUUCAUAAAGUUGCUUCGUUAAGAACUUUGGGUUUAUUGCAGCAUAGCAUUAAUUUUGAAUAUGAAAAUUUGAGAAAGUUAGCAAAUGUGCUACGUAUGUAGCAG